AUGUACCGGGAGUCGCUCGAUACAGGGAUCCUUCCAGAGGACUGGACGUCGGCCAACGUGGUCCCCAUUUACAAGAAGGGCAGCAAGGACGACCCCAGCAAUUACCGACCAGUCAGCCUGACGCCAGUGCCCUGCAAGGUGCUGGAAGCCAUCAUCAGGGACAGGCUGAUGGAGCACCUGCAGGCAGAGGGCCUGAUUACUGAAGCCCAGCAUGGAUUCCGGCCGGGCAGGUCCUGCACGGCGACAGAGGAAAAGGACCUAGGAGUGAUUGUUGACGCGGAGCUGAAGUUCAGGAGGCAAGCAGCGGCAGCGGUCAACAAGGCAUCUCGAGUGAUGGCCGUGAUAAGACGGUCAUUCAGCCUGCUGGACAAGAUGACCCUGCCAAUCCUGUUCAAGACGCUUGUGCGACCACUCCUGGAGUACGUCAGAGUCAUUAACGACUGGAACAGCCUACCAUCAUCCGUCGUAGACGCCGACUCUCUAAACUCGUUCAAGAACCGGCUCGACACUCACUGGAGACACCUCCACUUCACCCCGCCCCUACCAUACGAACAGUAA